AUGCGUGUCGCUAUCGUCGGCUCUGGCUUUUCUGGUCUCUCGGCUUUAUGGUACUCGCCGCACGAGGUCAACAUCUACGAGCGUGACUGGAGGCCGGGAGGGCAGUUCCAGUGCGCCGAGCUGAGGCCCGAUGGGAAAGCGCCGUGCUGGGUGGACGUAUCUCAGCUCGGAUACGACCCCAAGACAGCGCCGAACUUUGACUUCUUCCUCCGCCUGCUCGGCCUCGCGACGCAGACCUCGACCGUCAAGCUGGACGAUGCGCUGCGGCGUGCCGGAAGCUUCUCGUGGGACUUGGCGUUCGAGGUCGCCCGCUUCACACUGCUUGCGCCGACUGCGCCCGAUGUGACGCUGGAGACGUACCUGAAGCAGCAAGGGUACUCCGCGGCCUUCUUCGAGGAGUACCUUCUGAAGUGGAUGGUGCCCGACGACCUGACGGCGCUGUCGCUUCCGGUGUCGCAGGUCAUCGAGCUGCAUGCGCCCACUGAGACGAUCGAGGGAGGAGCGUACGUACAGCUAGUUUUCGCAGUGGCCAAGCUGACAUUCAGCAAAGCCGUGGUCGACACGAUCUGCUCGAUCGUCCCGCCGGAGAACCUGCACCUUAACACGGAGAUCUCCGCGGUCGAGGCGCUCCCGAAUGGCGUCGCGCUCACCGAGUCGGGCGGCAGGAGGCACAUCUACGACCAUGUCAUCCUUGCGAGACGUAGCGCUGGCGAUGCUCAAGCGCGGUGGACGCGUGACGCCGUACGAGGAGCGGGUGCUGUCGCAGAUGGACCACAAGCCGAUCAGCGUGGCGCUGCUGCAGGUGAGCUUUGGGAAGAUAUCUCUGAAGCUGACGCCGCAGUCCACAACUCCUCCUGA